UUUAUGCCUUUACUUUUAGUCAGAAGUAAGUCCUACUGAAUUGAUGAGGGUUUACUCCCAGGACAGUGGAGGUCUAAACUUCACAUGACUGCUCAGAAGAAAAUUCCAUUAAAUUUGAUGGAAACUGCAUCUGAUUUUGGGAGAGGAUUACAGCACAAGAUCUUGAAAAAUUACUAUUUUGGACUAAUGCAUUCAAAGUAUCUUGGAAUUCUGGGAGCAGAACCUCCAAAAGUCACUUUUUGUUGACUCUGAAUGUUUCACUGAAUGUGGUGGGAUUCUUAAUUAAAUGCACACAUUUGCCACCUUCAUGAUUCAGAGCCACUUCACUUAUCUGGAGACAGCAAAUUGUGCAUGUGCUUUGGCUGCCCAUAUAACCAAGGCUGCAAUCCUAAAGUUAUGUCCUUGAAAAUGAGACAUGCUGUAUUCCAAAUCAUUCAUGCAGAAAAUAUGUUUGGUUUGUACUACAAGGUGCCAUUUUCACAGUAACUGACAGUGAGCUAAAUCUAUUCACUGGCUCUAACUGGAAUAGACUCACUGAAACAAUGGGAACUUAGUAAAUCAAAUUCAUAUGUAAACUUCAUUCAUUCAAUGGGUCUUCUCUAAUUGGCACUAAUAAUUGGAUUUAAGCCAGUGUCUUUCAGGUGUGUCUAUUGCAGCAUUUGCUUUAUAAGUAACAGGUGGGGAAGAAAGGAAGAGGAUUACAACAAAGGAGACUCAGUUGCCUUUAAGGAGGGGAGAAUUUAUUUAAAGAGAAAAUAUAUAGUUAAAGAAGAGUGUUUCUAAAAUCCUGGUACAGAUGAUUGAGGGUUGAACAAGAAGAAUCUGUCUAGGAAUCUCUCAGAGAGAAACCUUUUGAUAGAAAUUUUAUUUAAAGACUUCCCUGAAUUCCGUUUGCUUGUCUUAGGCCAGAGAGAGAGAGAGAGAGUUAUCAUAGUAUUAGUACCACUAGUAUAUGGAAAACUGAAGUUCAGCUUCUCUACUAACCAUGAAUGUGGUGGAUCACCUUGAGUAACCCUUUCUCUUUCAGUCUGUGUUCUGAAUUUGAAAAAAAAAAUACAAUGGGAAUGCUACAGACUUGUCUCGCAGAGUUACGGAGGGAAGUAGUUUGUUGAAGGACUUCGCCUGUCUAUCAGAAAGCAUAUGCAAAUAAGCAUCCCAUGACCUCUUUUGGAAGAAAACAGAACUUAGAAAGUCUAUCAGCAAAGGUUCUACGCGGUCCAAAACGUCCCUAAAGUCUGCCAAGAUGUAUCCUUCCCUCCAGAAAGGGACAGUCAUCUGGGAUCCCAAGCCUCAACAAGUGAAGAGAAUAUUUGAAGCUUUGAAGAAAGGACUCAAUGAUUAUCUGGAAAUGAAACAGGCAGAACUGGAUUAUCUGUUGGAAUGCCACAAGGACACAAGAAGGAACUCUAGGCUGGCUUUCUACUAUGAUUUGGAUAAGCAAAUUCGUUAUGUGGAAAGGUAUAUCAGGAAACUGGAAUUUCAUAUAAGCAAGGUAGAAGAAUUAUAUGAAGCUUAUAGCAUCCAAUGUAGGCUACGAGAUGGUGCUUCAAAUAUGAAACAUGCCUUUUCCUUAUCUCCUUCCACCAAAGCAUCAAGGGAGAGCCUGGUAGAACUUUACAAGAAUCUCCAAGAUUGCACAGAGGAUAUGUGUUUGAUAGAAGGGACACUUGAAGUGCAUUUGGGAGAAUUUCAUUUAAAGAUGAAAGGAUUGGUGGGUUAUGCACGUCUCUGCCCAGGGGACCAGUAUGAGGUAUUUGUACGACUUGGCCGACAGAAAUGGAAAUUAAGAGGCAAGAUUUUGACAGAUGACAGUCAGACGUGGGAUGAGGAAGAAAAAGUUUUUAUUCCUAAUCUCCAUGAGAAGUUUGAAAUCAAGGUCACAGAAUUGCGGGGACUGAGUACCCUUCUGGUUGGUGUGGUGACCUGUGACAGUAUAGACUUCUUCACAACCAGGCCUCAGAUCAUCGUUGUAGAUAUAACUGAGCUAGGUACCAUCAAACUACAGUUGGAAGUUCUCUGGAACCCCUUUGACAACGAGAGUGUAAUUUUAUCUCCGGGAUCCACUGCUAAGUUCUCUGUUGGGAGCAGAAAAAACUCCAUAUAUAGUUGGACGCCACCAAACACCCCCAGUUUCCGAGAGAAGUAUUACCUUUCUGUUUUGCAGCCGGGGAGAAAACAAAUGGAUAUCAGAGACGAAGCCCAAGAUUCCUGCAUUCUGAGAUACUUGGCUGACUGUGAUUUUAACAGGCACCAAAGGUCUGCUAGCCAUAGCUUCACAGAAACGACCGAAGGCAGCUCAUUUAGUUCUGAGGAUCAAAAAGGAACAGAGAGCAGAAAUGUGACUCCACCUUCAAAUCAAAGGACGUUGCCAUUGACUAUGCUGCAGGAUGGUUGUGCCGAAAGGGGGCAAUGGAAACUUUCUCUGGGUCAUCCCCUCAGUCACAGAACUCUAGACAUCCUUCAAGAGACACCACAUGCUGACACUACUGCCACUGUCUCAUCAUGUCUGUUGGACCAGGAGAAAGAUGAUAGCAAAUCUAUCACCAGGGACUGGGGUCUGUCUUCAGCUCAACAAAGAAAGGUCCUUUCUCUCAGCCAAAGGUGCUUGAAGGAUGCUGCUGCUGCUGAACCUGGUAGAAAUACCAGAUCUAUUGAGAAGAUCCUGCAAGAAGUGUUACACUUGCUGGAAUCACAGCACCCGUGUCCCAUCCAGCUGAAAGAACUGGAAUAUCAGAUUUUGUGUAUCCGGGAGAAAUUAAAGCCAAAAAGGUACCAUCCAAAACACUCCUCUGUUGAGAGCUUGAUGGUGGAGACAGUGCUGGAAAGCUUUGACUUCCUCAAUACUGACUGCAAUGCGGAUGAGCUGUCAUCCUUCGGGAGUGUUAGGACUUGCAGUAUCAGCACCUACAACGAUUCCACGCUGGCAUCCCUGUACUAUGAUACCAAAGUAGAAAAGAAAGAGCUAACCACAGGAACAGAUGAUCUAGACACACUCUUGGAAGUUCAUCUGCAGUUCUGCAAAGUUCUUUUACAGAAACUUGACAUGCCAAACCUAGCUCCAGUUGUGCAGGAGAGCCUUUUGGAAGAGGUAUCACAACAGAAACACAUUCUGGAAAUAAUCUCUGCGCUGGCUGCUCCUGUACCACGGAAUCUAACAUCUGUUGAAGAAAUUAUUCAAAAAGCUAAAAAGCAGAAGCGCUGCCUGAAGAUCUGGAGUGAAUGUACUGAACAGGGAAGCAUUUUGUUCUGCCCAGUAGAAAGAUUUCGAAACCCCUUGAAAUAUAUAUUGAUGUUCAAAACAAAAGAGAAAUAUCAAAGACAUCUAGAAAAAGUUCUGCAGAUGUUCCUGGAACAGAUAGUUGGAGGCAGCCUGUUCUUUCCUUCAGCAGACCUCCCAGCUGAAUCGGUGACAUUGUUUCAGUUUUGCAGCUACCUGGAGAAACACCAUGUGAACAGUUUAGAAAAAUAUUUAACUAGGUUUGCUAAAGAAGUCAUAUUAACAGAAGACCUGCAGCGUCCUGGGAGAGUGAAGAAAAUAAAGAAGUUGAAAGGGAAACAACUAAAUCAGCUCCAGCCCUUGCCCAAGACCUUACAACUCCUGGCAGCCCUGCAGCUUGAUGAAAACCACCGAGUGGGCAAAGCAGCCUCGUUGUGUCUUUCUCGUGCAGUGGCCAACAGGAAUUUCAGGGAAAAGGCUCUUCUUUUUUACACAGACCUCUUAAACACCAAAGAUGCAAAAUUACAGCAAGCUGCAUGCCUGGCCCUCAAAAACCUCAGAGGCAUUGAAAGUAUAGACCAAAUUGCCAAACUGUGUCUGUCAGAAACAGAGGAUGUGAGGAAUGCUGCCAGAGAAACAACUCUUUCAUUUGGAGAAAAAGGAAGACUGGCCUUUGAAAAAAUGGACAAAAUCUGUUGUGAACUGAGGGAUACCAUGUACCUGGAAACUGAAAUUGAGAUUACAGUAUUUUGAACAGUAUUGUCAAGUGCAGCCAGCAGUUUGAAUUUACUUUUAUUAGCACAUGAAGGCUCUACAGAAUGCAGAAGAAAGUGUUAUGUACUGAAAACAAAUCUUUCAGAAGCAUUAGUCCAGACAGAAAAUAGUGCUUUAGUAUUCUAACACAGCUGGCAUGCAUAAAACUCUCUUGGCAACUCUGUCCUUACAACCUGAAACUACUAUAAGUAUCUCUAAUAAUCAGUUUUGGGAAUAACAACAACUAACAAUGUAGCUGGAUUAAGAUGAUCUCACACGAGGAAGUUCUCUCUACUUGAUUCUCUGCACAGAAUAGACUGCCACAGACUUUUAAAAACUUUGAGGAAACUGGCAGAAUAUCAUGCAAUUCAAAUGGGAAAAAGCACCUAAUGAAUAAAGUCUGGAACAUCAUUUCAUUUAAGGAAGAGAUCGUUAUCUACAACUAUAGACUCAUACAAAUACGCAGCCCUUCUCUUAUACACAGAGGGAAUAGAAUACUUUUUGUAUUUAUUCAUCUUGUGGAUCAAGAAUCUCUAAAAUCAUGAUCAAGUCGUGAAUAAGAAAGCUGGUUACCUUGCAACUAAAAUGGAUAUCUUGGGUUUUAAAGAUCUAUUGAUGCCCACAAUUUAAAUCUGCACAAAUCUAACUUUUCAUUCAGCAGUGUAUAAAGAAUUUUAACUUAAAUGCAGUUUUCAUUAUGUAAUUUACAAGGAAAAACCCACCUACAAUGGACUCUUUCUAGGUGGUUAUCCUCUGCAUUGAAGUCUAACAUUUCAUCUGUAUGUCUCAGUCACUUAACUAUUCAGUUUUCUUUCUGUACACAAAAAGCACUCAGAACAACUUUCCUCCCACAAAAUACCCAAUAAACCAAAGAUUUGCAAGUGCACUUACUCUUGGGAUAAUAAAAGACCCUCAAAACCAUUUGCUAGUUUUGCCCCCCUCUUUCAUCUGUCCAAAAUUAGAAGGAGGCACACCAUUAUCUGAUGUCACUUUAUUGGAAAGAAAAUCGAUUUCCUCUCCUCUAAGUGCCUAAUUCUGGUUUUAAGCUUCUUUAGAAUCUAAGAAAAAAAUCUUUGAUCUGUGGCUGCAAUCUUCAACAUACCUACAUACAACUAUUAGACCUAUGUUUGAGUAAACAGUUGGAAAUUCUGAAUGAACAGGGUGGUUUUCCUCCUGCUGAUAAUGGAAAUAUUCCCAGUGUGUGUUUGUGCAAGCUCCCAUCACUGUAUCAGACCCUAACUUCUAAUGUACAUAUUAUAUAUAGUACAUUGUGCUUUGUACUUUUCAGUAUUUAUUGUUGGGAUUAGUUUACAUUUUUUAAAAAAUGUUUUAUUAAAACAUUUGAAAUGACA